AUUUGCCCAGAUAUCGCGUUGCGCUUUCGGAUUGAGUUCGCUCGGUUGAUCGACGGUGUAAAUUGUUAAUAUUCGAACCGAAUUCACUGUCGUCUUUGCAGCAAUGAAUGUAUCGCGAGUUCCGAAGCGCUUGCGCCGUCUAUUAAGAUAAAUCAGUGUGCCUCUAUUAAUUACAGUGUUAUUUAUUGACUUAGUGAAAAUGCAGCAGUGAUUUGCCAAAGUGAUACAAUUAAAAUUAGAGUUAAUUGAAAUUUAAUUAAAGUUGAUUGGUUUUAAUGAAAAAGUAAGGAAAAUGGAAUCAACUGCUUUUGAUGAUCAAAUAUUCAGUGAAUUCAACGACUCCCUCAGUCCGCUUAGCACCAAAGCAAUACAUGCAAGUGGGCCCAGUGGCCACAACAUACAAGUGGUGUUAGGUAUCAAUCAAUCGUCACCUGACUCUUGCACACAACGGUUACCUGAAGUGAAUAGCAUACUAGCUGCUGGAUCGCCCAGCUAUAAAAAUAUUGAUUACACCAAUCUGAAUAAAGUUGAUUACCAUCCGAAUGGAAAAGUUGACCAGCAGUACUCACCAAAUUCCAACAAAAUGGAGUACAUUAACUGUAAGCUCGAAUACUACACCCCGCUGCUCAAUGCCAAUAGUAAUCUGAAUAAAAUAGAAUUUGUUAAAACCCUAGAUUACAAUGCAAAUGGCCGCGUCGAGUAUUCACCACCGUCGAAAGCGCAAGACUAUGGGAAUGGCAAACUGGAGUAUGAAACCACCAUGACGAUUUUCCAGCAACCACCUCCGAUGAAUUCUUCCGCGCUAAAUGGUUUGAACGAUCCCAGCAAGCGAAAAGGCGACGAAGUGCACAGUGCUUCCGGAUCGUCAACUCCUACCACAACUACACCGAUUGCAAACGGUAACGGAAGUGACAGUCAAUCGAGCUCAAAUAAGAAAAAUGACAAGAAAAAAGGAGACCCCAAUGGGAUAAAAAAGAAAAAAACAAGGACCACUUUCACCGCAUAUCAGUUGGAGGAACUGGAAAGGGCCUUCGAGCGAGCACCCUAUCCUGAUGUAUUCGCGCGUGAAGAGCUGGCUCUCAAACUGAACUUAAGUGAAUCUCGUGUGCAAGUAUGGUUUCAGAACCGUCGUGCCAAAUGGAGAAAGCGCGAACCUCCUAGAAAGUCAGCCUAUAUGGGCAAUAAUAGUCCAUCAACACCAAUGAACGGCCCGAUUGGCACAACGUUCACGCAGUAUCCACAGACAACAACCGUCACUCCACCAGGCAGUGUAGAAAGUUGGCCCACUUACCAAACUCCAUACGAGUUGAGCCCCCAUUUCAAUCUAUUGUCUCCUGCUGCUAGUCCUUAUGGCUCCUUCACCACCCAGUAUGGUACUUACGUGCACGAAAGUCAAUUAUUUCCAGUGAGGCAACAUUUCGAUUACGGUAGCCCGUCUAGACCGGGAGCUGAUCCAGAGGAAUCACACCACAAAACGGAACACUAUGCAUCGUUGGAUGAUAAAUUCGAUACGCACUGUACUGUUUCUGAUGGUGUCACGAACGGAAAAUAUAUGGACGACAGCAAGUAUAUACACGCCGUCAAUAUCAUCGACGAUCCGAAGUACACUAACAACUGCCAUUUGGAGGAUCCUACGUUAAAACAGUCCCACUAUGGUGCACCUACCACGUGCCAACCAGGUGAUGAAUCGGAAUCACUUGGAAUCGUAAAAUCUGAGGACGGCGUUAGUCACAGUUAUGUGCUACCUCCUUUUUUGCGCUAAAACGAAUGAUUCUCGUACAAAUAAAAUUCACCAAAAAUCGGAUCGAACCAGAAAAAUAGAAACGAUAUGCACAUUAAUCAUCAAAACUCGGAAGAGUUGUAUCGAGCAGAAAGUCAAAAGUAGAAUAAAAUCCAUUUCGACAGAUUAAUGCUCCAAAACCAACAAUUAUUUAUCACUACUGUACAGUCAAAGUUUGUUCUAUGGAUUUCAACGAUACUUCUACGCAAUUAUUAUAAUUCCGAACGCUAUAAGUAAUGUCGAUCACAAUGGAAAGAAAACUGAAAUGGGACCGUCUGCAAAAUUUGACAAUUAGGGGCUCUUGAAUGAAUGUUUAUAGCAUCAAAUUUAGGACAUAAAUAGAGCAUCAUUCAAUUAACUUCCUUAAUCUUUCAAGGUGUAAAAGAUGCAGGUAGCGAAUGGUAUAGUUAAGAGAACUUAGAAUGUUUUUGGUAUAUUUUUAUGUCAGCAGAACCAUACGAAUCUCGUUAGGCAAUGAUCGGCUACAGAAUUUGUUGAAUAGACUGUAAGUCAAGGCUAUCUGAGUUUAAUUUGUUAAUCUAUGAGAUCAUUAACAAAUCUUCAAUAUACGCCCAGAGAAAUAAUUUCAAGGCGUGAAAACGAUUCAAAACAACGACGAGAUUGCGUUUCUUACGGCAACCAUCGUUGCUUUUAUAAGGCUGAAGCAAAAUUAAACUGGGUUGGAAAAAGGUGAACAUGGAACCUAAAGGAUAAGCAUGCGAUUGUAAAAUUUUCCACGCCAGUGGGUAACUCUUGAAGCUUUAUUUCGUACUACGCUUGUGUUAUGUGUAUCUGUUGAAUACCUACAGAGCAAUUUCAUUUUCCCAAAUCAAUCAAGCAUAUCUUGUUGUGCUGUUUGUAAGUAUGCCAAAAUUCGGGUGGAUCUGGUCGAGGAAAAUUGUCUCAAUUGUCCAGUUGGCACAGCAUCCUACUUCCAAGAAGUGCACAACAUUCACAUUGUCCGCACACAAAACAUUACGAAGUAGUUCGACGAAAGCACACAUGGCGUAAAUUUAUUACUUUUCAGACUACCCUAAGGCUGCGUUGUCGUGGAACGAAAUAACAUCAGUGAUGAUUCACUCGUACACCAGAACUUAACCCCCACCGUCUUCGGCCAGUCAGAUUAUGUGGGUGGAUGAAGUAAAGAGGAAAUAUCGCUCUGUUUUUUUUCAGUUAGGCAUCAUUUAUUUGUUUAGUAUUGAAUUUACCCGCUAGUAAACACCGAUCACUAAUGAAAACACGCAUUUACAUGAACGUAUAAAAGGAAAAUAAUAAUCGAAAUCAUUUUUACAUUCGCUCGAGUCAACUUAUGUUACUAGGCAGUGGAUAGCUGAAUAACAGAAGAAAAUGCAAAACAUUUAAAUCCGUUCACUUUGGAAUUUAAAACUGGGCUCUAAAAUUCAAACUCAGUUCAUAUUAAAAAAAAUUUGGAAGACAUUAUUCAAUAUCAUAAACCUACUAAUCGAAGCAAAUCUGUUUUGUUUAAUUUUUGUCACAGUGAACUUUAGAAUGUAUAAUAAGAUCUAUUUUAUUUCCAACUUCUAGUCGUCUGCACGCUUUGGAUUGUAAUAAAAAUUAAAAUAACAAUUUCCUGUUGAUCUAUUACGCCUUUUAUCGAAAUCUAAUUUUGUGAAGAUCGAUCCAGCCAUCUCGGGGAAAUAUUUUUUCUAACAUACACACAAGCUCAAGUAAAUGCCGUGAACUUAUUGAAAAAUAGUACGGAAUGAUUUUCGAGUUCAGAAAGUUAUGGAGACGAAAAUUUAUAUUCUUUUGUAGACUUUUUGUUAAUUCACUUAAAAACAUUUAGCCUGCUCAUUUGAUAUUUAUGUUGUAAAGGAUAAAUGCAAUUGUUUGUAUAAUUUUUUUCCGUAAGCUUGCGAACACUCUAUAAGUUUCAUAGGUCAGGUGACCAGAAACAACAAAAUCCAAAUGUCUUACCAAAGAAAACAGGAGAUAAAUUUCUUGCCUAAUAGGAUAAUUUAUAGCUGCACUGAAACGAAUGCAAGCUGUUAAAAUAUAUAUUAAGUUUAAGUUUAUUUAACGUUGUUAGUACAGUUUAAUUUACUUCUUGUGCAGUGAAAAUUACAGCGCCAGGAAUGAUUCAAUUUAGUCCAAUGUAAAUAGUUAGAUUGCGUUCUCCUAGAGCCUUGGAUGUAUCGCUGAAGUGCAUUCUCCGCCAGUGCCUUACAUCGCCUGUACUUUUCCGUCCCUCUAACUCACGUGCCCACGCUGUAGGAGUGCGAAGGGAAACGAAAUCUUGUGCAGUGCGAAGAUUCUCUCUAUUUCAACUGUGGAGACAUUUACGAAUAGUGUGUGCCAAUCACUUGUAAAAUGCCGAAAAUCAUAAAGAUAUACUAUUUGUCGCUGCUGUAUAUGGGAGUGCUGAGGAAACUUCCUUCCUAAUGCCUGUACAUAUUACCAUAUAGUAUCUAUUCCUACAUACGCGCAUGUACCAAUAAGAAAUGUAGUAUAAGCCAGAUUUUAACUCAGAUAACAGACAUUUUCCCACUGGUAUCAUCCCGCGAGCAGAAUAUCAAACAUAAGGAAUCACAUUUGCUCCGUGCGUGUACGCUAUACUGAUUUGGUUGUACUGAACUGAUAUUGCUGAACAUACCUACAUAUGCAAAUACAGCAGCAGAUUAAGGAACAUAUAUAUAUUGAAGUAGGCAGCAAAGUACAAAUCACAAGCGGAGCUUGUGGUGUGGUAAAGGACAAAUGAUAAACUUUUGUCGUUACAAAAAACUUAUAAUAUAUUUACACACAUUCUGUAAAGCAUAGAGUAUGAAUGGUAUUAGUGAAUUGUGAAAUUAUGUUAGCAAGAAAAAUAUUACUCCUAAGAUUUACAAAAUAAAGUUUAAUAAAUGAUCAUGGCUGUUAUUAAGAA